AUGAAAGACUCAACGAAAGAAUACGUCAAACAAGAUUCAUUUACAAAUUAUGAUGAUGAGUUCACAAUGUCAGAUCAGCAAUCAUCGAUCAAAAAUUUUGAAAAGUCCGAUGAUUCAUGUCGAAAAUUAACAUUAAUGGAUGUCGAUCAAGCAUUACAUACAUUGAAAAUUCAUUCGAAUUCAUCUCGAAAACGAACUUUGUCUUCCAAUGAUACUACAUCAACGAGGGUCUUCGUACAAGAAUAUGAUUGUUGUCGUCUACGCCAAGCAAGUUCUUCGUCUCAUUUACUAUUGCCACUGGCUCGUCGCGGUCGCUCAGUAUUUUCAUCUCGAUCUAAUCGCUUAUUAUGUUCGAAUUGUACAAAACUUAAACAACAGCAACAAAUCGAUAUUUUACAACGUCAGGAAAAACAAAAAUUUCAUUCAAAUCAUACUUUUCAAAUAACAAUUAAUUUAGAUUUAUCAUCCGAAGAACAAAAUGCUUUAAAUAGUCAUCAAUAUGAAUCGAGUAAGACACUCGUUUGGAAUACCAAUAGAUCACAUGGAAACAAUCUUAACCUUUCUUAUGAUGCACAGUCCUUAGAUGAAACUGGCAGAAAAAAUUUACUAGAUCAAACAGUAAAAAAACUGCAAAUAAUUCUCAAUAAUCAAUCAACGGCAAUAGAAGAACAAAAUCCUGAAACUACUUCUCAUCUAUUACAAACAACAAUAAAUAUUCUUUCUUCAUCACAAAACUCGAUUUAA